ACUGUUUCCUCAUGUUUUCACUGGUUUCCUCCUAUUGGUGUGUCCUUGGGAUUGUGCAUUUGGUCCUGGAAAGAAACACAGUUUUUCCACCAGUGCUUCUGUGGUGUUCCUUUCUUCUGUUUUGUGCCUUUGUUCCUCUACUGAAUGUGCCUACUACAACAUCAUCACAUUGAAAUAAACGAUUUGUCACUUAAAGUCCAUUGAAGCUUCUUCCUUGGAAACAUCUGCUCACACUUCCCAUUGUAUUCAAAAUGUUGAAAUAAUUUGCACCAAGCAACACUCUACCACUCCUCUCCACUGGAUCACCUGGCAGCGAUGCAGAUUGGUCAUCAGGUCACUUCACACAGGACUUCUCUCCAGAUCCCUCCCCAGCCUGAGACUGCUGUACUCAGAAACCGAAUCCUCCUGGACACAGUUCAUUCUGUCCAGGCCCAGGCCAUCAUUAAGCCUAAGUGUGAUAUGGAAGGACCUCUCCAGACACCACAGCCCCCCAGGACCUGCAGCUCUCCUGGCCCUGCAGGGAAAUCAUGCUGGAACUUGGACGCGAGGAUAGCUGUGCUUCUGGUGACUCUGGCUGGAGCUGUAAUCCUGCUGCUGCUCUACAGACUGUUACAGCUGAGACAUAGGCUCAGGUUGGCUAGGGCAAGACAUGCCCUGGAGUACUAUGGCCUUUUCCACACUGCCACCUACACACUCAAACAUCCUGCACCGUGUCAGGACCUGCCAACCAAGAACGGGACAGUCCCUGAAGCUGCUCCGCCUGUCCACACCGUAACUGCCACUGUCAUCACCCCACUUCCACCCCCACCGGUGCCUUCUCCACCUCCACUGCCACUCCCUCCUCCACCUGUGCUGCAUCCAACACCGCUUCACGACCCACCUUCUGCCCCUCCUACACCUCCUGUCCUGACCUUCCCUUUCCCCCUACCUGUGAUCCACACCACCCCACCCAGCCCACACCUUUCAUGGGGCGCCUGCUCAGAUGCAGAUGUGUAUUCUCGGAUCGGAGCUUUCAGGCCUUCCAGCCUCUCCAGCCAUUCGAAAGUCAUCCUGUUUGAACACUCCUCUCUCUGACCUUUGGUGCAGAAUGUGACUGAAGAUGUCACUGUUUGAGAAGAUUGUAGUGAUUACCAAGAACACAUUCUUCUUUUGGACUGAUUGUCAUCCAGGGAUGAUUGAGUGGCUGCUGUAUAUUCUAUGUCCAACAUUAUACUGUGUACGUGCAAGGCAUAUACAAAUAUUAGAAGUUCAAAUACUUUCAGGACUCUCUAAAAAUUUUUGAGUUUUGUGAGUCACUGCAUUGAUUUAUUCACUAUCCUUUGAAAAAGUAUCAGACCUUGUGCCUGUCCUCUGCAAGAAAAUGGCAGCGGGGAACAAAACAAUGAGGGCAUGGCCAGAGUCCCAUGCAGUAAUUUCAUUCAGAUUUCAUUUCCAAUGACAUGAUUGGACUAGCUUAUUACAAGCCUGCGACAGCCACAGAUACGAUACUGGAUUUUUUAUUUUUCCAUUGUUUUGAUUUAUUGAUUGCUGUUUCUGGUCUUUGUGCUAAAGCUAAGAUUUGACUGUAGCCUUAUAUUUAAAGGCUACAGCCAAACCGCUGCUGUUGUGUUAGAGGUUUCUUGCAUUUGAAAAAAAAAAAAAAAAAAACAUUAU